GAAGUAGUGGCGUUAGGUACUUGACAGGGAAGCGGAACUAGCUAACUACCAAGCUAGUAGCACGUUAGCUAGGGUAAUAGUUGCCCCUGGAUUUUGGAUAUAUAUUUAUAGCUCCGAUAUAGAUUCUUGAGCACAACUACAACUUUUUGGAAAAUGCCUCAGAAUAUUGAGCUUGGUGCCACAGGAGGGGCCCCCAAACAGGACAGCAGCAACAUGGAGGACAUGACUGUGGAGCAGAUGGCAAUCAGAGCCAACCAAGUGACUGAUGAGUCACUGGAAAGCACACGGAGGAUGCUACAGAUGGCAGAGGAGAGCAAACAGACUGGCAUCAACACCAUGGUGAUGCUUGACCAACAAGGAGAACAACUGAGGAACGUAGAACAGGGCAUGGACCAGAUCAACCAGGACAUGAGACAGGCUGAGAAAAACCUGACUGACCUGUCCAAGUGCUGUGGCCUCUGCGUCUGCCCCUGUGACAGGGUUUCAUCAAUUGAGAACGACUCACGUUACAAGCGCACCUGGGGUACUGGAGGAACUGAGGGUGAAGGUGACACCAAUGGCUCAAACGUAGUGUCAAGACAGCCUUCAAGUGCUGCUCGCAAUGGUCAAACAGUCCAGGUGAACGCCUCGGCACCAACUGGUCCGUACAUCAAGAGGGUAACCAACGAUGCACGCGAGGAUGAAAUGGAGGAGAAUCUUGAGGCAGUCGGCAGCAUCAUUGGCAACCUGAAGAAAAUGGCUGUUGACAUGGGUGGCGAAAUAGACAAGCAGAACGUACAGAUUGACCGUGUCACUGAUAAGGCGGACAUGAACAAACUACGCAUCGAUGAAGCAAACCAGAGAGCCAACAAGCUCAUCAAAUAGAUGAGGAAUCCUUCUGCUAGUCUUUUUUUCAUCAACUUUGAGCCUCUUUGCUACACACACAUACACACACUGUUCUGCUGUGCAUGCACAAACGCACACUUUCUUUGACACACUUUGUCAGCAGUGUGCCUGCCUUUUCUGCACUAAGACAUAAAUGGAUGAUGCAAAGAUAUUUAAACGUAUAUAUUUUCCAACAUCUUAAUGACACACGUCUACAUAGUCGAGCUGGACUGUGAAAAGCAGUGUGGGCAUCAGAAACUGUACCAAAGAGGAAGUGACUGACUGCCUGUCACUGCUGCUUGAUACCAAAUAAGUAGAAGGCCUGUGGCAGCAUAUAACAUUCACAGUGAGGGGAGAAGCACAGGUCGGCUGCUUUUCACUCUUUUUUUCUUUUUUUUUUUUUUUCCCCAACAAUCUCAUUUCCCUUCCUCUUAAAGUCAAGUACUAUGAACAUUUGGUGUGUGUGUUGUGACAUGUAAGAAUGAGGCCACUGAUCCUCACUGAUGUUGUCUUUAAGUCAGCCUCAGGUAGUUUCAGAAAAACCAACUUUGGUCAAGUGCAUCUUACUAAAAUUCUACAUCUGUUGUGUAAUUAAAUUUAUUGUCAUGUUAUUUUGAGAUAUUCCUAUUUAAUUAUUCAUUCAGCAGAAAUUAUUUGUGACUAGUUUUCUCUCCCUGUUCUCAUGUCAUUUCUGCCAUUUCAGAUGUAAAAAUGAAAUGAACACACUGUGCCUUUUGGAGUAAAUCAUGGCUAAUCUUUUUAUGCUGGAAUUGAAAGCAUCCCCUCCAAAUGAGAGCAAUCUAAUGUUACAUUUUAAUAUUUCUGACUGAUGGGAAUUAAAGUUUUGUGACUAUUUGCACCAACCUGCUGUUAGACACAUUAUAUAGCAUCUGCUUGUUGAUCGCAUUUGAAACAAAGCUGGUAAAUAUCAAGAGAAUUCAUCAUUACCUCCUAAAGCAUUUAUUUAACUUUUUAUUAAUGUUUAAUUUGGGAAAUAAAGCAGUAUCUGAACAUCAGUAGAUCAGCUGCUGGGCUUCAUGUCUGUGUUCUUGAGGUUUUUUUCACUCUCACAGCAGUGUUGAUGUAAAUAUUAAAACAUACUGUAGCUGUUUAUUGCCUGUAGUCAUUCUGUUUAAUCUAAGUACACCCUUCCUUCUUUGUUACCUCUUGGUUAAUAAAGAUUUAUAGCUCCCAACAGGAGAAUUUAAUAGCCUAUUCGGGCUUCUACACAAAUCGGGUAAUGUGCAGAAAAUUAAUUUCCCCAAGUUUAUUAAUUGCACAGUCUGUAAAUGUAUAAAAAAUGUUGUCUUAUAACACAUGUUUUUAAUAGUGUGUAAUUGCUCAUAUUAGUUAUGUACUGACUACAUCAGCAGGGCAUUGACUUUCUGGCAAUUUAAAGAGAAAUGGAAAUGAAUAUGAACUUUUCCAGAAGAGCUUUGGAUCUGAUUAGUGGGUAGUGAUGCAGAGAGCCUUUUUUUUUUUAGCCUCUCAAAGCUGCUUUAAAGUUGUGUUGUAACAGCAAUUGUGUCACAAAAGGUUCCUCCUGCAUCUGCCCAGUAAAGAGUGUGUUUUCACAGCACCGCUACAAUAAAAAUGAUUACAUCUAAAGGGUGGUAAAUGAGUGCUGGCAGCAAGAUGCACAAAUAUAUACAGUAUGCAAAUGAAAGUUGUUAAAGGGGUGAAAGCAGAAGCUAAAUGUGUCCUGGCAGGUUCUGUCAAGGCCUCGCUGAGGAAAAAUUGACUAAUGAUACAGUAAUAUCAUAUUCUGAAAAUAUGUCUCGCAAGCAGCUCCUGGCUUAUUUGUUUUGAGGUAGAAUAAUUAUUUGUAUGCUUUUCUGCAGGCAUACACCACUCGAGUUUGUAAAGAUUGAAAUAAACUGCUAUCCAGGGCUUUGUACUGCCAUAAGUGAUCAUCCUCAGCUUGUUACUGGUGAGCUGAGAUGUGAUUAGCAUGAAGCUGUCAUCUAUUCUUUGCAUUACCAACAGCCACUGGAGUGUAAAUACAACAGUUUUGUUUGUUUUGAAUGUAAACAUUUGCAGCUUGAAUUUAGCUUGCUCAUUGGAUGACUGUUAAGGAAAAAAAUCCCUUUUUUGUGUGUGUUUAAAGCCUCACUCUGAUAAAAAUGUACUCAAUAAAUUUGUUGUAAAAAUCUU